AGUUACUAGACUUGGUCGAUAACAGAUGAGCCGAAUAUGCACAUGUGUUUAAUGAUUGUGAUGUUUGGUCAGGUUUUGUCAGGAUGUAAAAGACUGGCCUGUGAAGAAGACAAAGCCAUUGCAGAAUUGACUUUAAAAUGCCAAGAACAUAACACGAUUCGGGUAAUAAGAGUAAAGAACAUUGCUGAAAGAACGUGCAAAGGAGUUAAAAUAUGUGAAGUACAGAUCCAGUAUCCAAGAAAUCUAAAAUCUAAAUGUGAUUAUCGAACUGAAUGUCCAUUUGAAAAGGUAACGGAAGAAGAUGGGCAUUAUAGACAAUGUAAGACAUACGAUGAAGACGGGCAUAUAAUCUGGCAUAAAACAACAUCACAAGAAGUCUGCUACAGCUGCAAUCCUUUACCUACGACAGAGAUACCUACAGGGAGUACAUCUUACAACCCUAGAAAAAUUGAAGAAACUACAGAUUGUGCCCGAUACGACAAUACAAUAAAUAUACUUUUGUAUAUGUGUGUUUCUGGAAUUGUAUUUUUAUUGGGGGGUUUCAUGAUCAUGUGCAGACGCUUUCGAAAACGGAUAAGGCAAAUUGAAAUGGACCAUGCUGAAAGCCAUUGAAAAUCUUGUUGAGAUAGUCUUCGCUAACAUCGCUAAUAUGACAGAC